AUGAGCUCCAACAACGGCUACCACGACGAUGGCAUUGGCCCAUUUGACGUGGAUCCCAACCAGAACUCCCAACCUGAGGCUCCAGGUAGGACGCCUCCACUCUUCCCAAUGACUGUCCAGGAGUUCCGCACUAACCGCGCUGAUUUCGUGGCUAUGUUCAAGAGAUGGGCGGGUGGUUCUUCGGGAAAGACCACCACGGACAUGGCCGAGACGCUCGAGUAUAUGGCAGAUGAUUUUGAUCAGUUCAAGACUGCCGUUAUUCCCGACACAACCGCAACCUGCUUCCCUCCCAAGUGUGAUAUGAUCAAGCACGAAGUUUUGCAACUAAUUCAGAAGCUCAAGAAUAGCCCGAAAUUGACCCUCGAGAUCGAAGAGAUCAUGGCUUACAUUGGCAGCGCUACCGGUCGACUCACACUUGAAGGGGAUACUGACGACGAUGCGUGGAAUGAGACCCUUAGAUUUGUCCGGAUUCAUGAGCGAAAUGUGUGGGAUAUGUCCGAGAUGGGCUUUACCCAGGAAGCCGAGGAACUUCGCACUAGACUCUGGACGGUCUAUACCAACGUCAACUUCUCGAUGGCUGGCUGUCGCUGCUUCCAGUGUGCAAUGCACUGGCGCGGUUAA